GGUCUCUGUGGUGUUGGUUCCAGUACUGGCGGCAGGUUUACCUGGUGACGGUUCUGGCCAUGAUCCUGGCCGUCUUCUUCGCCCAGAUCCAUCCUCUCUACCUCAGUAAGCAGUGGAAGCAGCUGCGCUCGCUCAUCUUCUGCUCCGUGGCCGGAUACGGCCUCAUCCCGACGCUCCACUGGAUCUGGAUCACCGGGGGAUUCUCCUCUCAGCUCGUCCAGGCUUUUGUUCCACGGAUUCUUGGGAUGUACUUCAUCGCGGCGUUGGCGCUUAUUUUCUAUGUUUCUAGGGUUCCAGAGCGAUAUUUCCCAGGUCAGCUGAACUACCUGGGCUCCAGCCACCAGGUGUGGCACCUGCUGCUGGUUCUGAUGUUCUACUGGUGGCACCAGUCGUCGGGUUUCAUCAUGGCGUACAGACACAGUCAGCCGUGUCCCGCCGCUCCUCAGCACACUUAGUUCACAGCGCGACACGCCGAGUUCCUGAACGAAUGACCUUUGACCCGAUGGCUUUUACCUGUGAUUUGGAGCAGGAUGAUCAGCGGCGCUGCAGCACAGGAAGCGAGGUGACAUGAACGCAUCACCACCAACAGGAACAAAUUAACAGGAAGCUCCUGGUUCUCCAAGUGCCUGUAAAUGAUGUAGCAUCAAAUGUUUCUGGAUGGGGAAACUUAAAACUGCAGAUUUUUUGAUGUUUUUAACAAUAUCAAGAAGCAAAAAGUGAGCAUGUUAAAGCAAUUAAAACCCCAAAGACUUGUUGUUCAGCAGCUUCUUUCAGAACUGUUGUUAAUCAGAUUUUUAUGUUUUAUUUGGGAAUCAGUCAAUGUUCUUAAACUCAUUUUAGCAGGGCGUAACGAGCAGCUCUGCCUCUAGAGGUCACUAGUGAGACACAACAGUGAUUUAAGUGGCAGUAUUAAAACUACAUUCUCUGUCCUUUUAUAUUCAUUGCUACAAUUCUGUAUUUGGUUCAUAUGUGAGGAUGUUUUAGGAGUGGACAAGAGAGAAAAAAAAUCAGUGUUUUCAGAUGUAAUACUGUAAAAUAUGAUAUUCUAGCUCCCUUAGGGUGAUGUGCAAUGUUUUACUGUUUUAGUAUUUUAAAUGACUUCAUUCCAAAAUCCAGCACCUACAUGUUAAACCAGCUUUUAUGUACAUUACAUGAAUGUUUUAUCUCUUAAAAACAUUUGAUUAUAUUUAGACUUCAAAUUUGACCUCAGCAAAAAUAUAAAAACACUAUAUUAGUCUAAUUAUAAAUCAGUUCUUAGCCUUAAAAUAAACCAUCAGAUCUUCAGAGGCUUACAAACGGCUGUUUUUAGGGUUUUCUGCAAUGGCAGAAGAGUGCAAACGCACAAGACAUUGGCUGUUACACAUACAAUAGAAGCAAAAACCUUUAAAUCCACUAAAUAAAUGCAAACGAAAACUGUUCCAACUACAGGAAAUGGAAACAAAAUGGGAAAACUCAUUAAAAAAAGCUGUAAACUUUCUCCAUAAAAACAAAAGUGCUCCAGACCACUAGGUGGAGUAUGGAGUAGGUGAUUUUUACCUACAUAAACCCUGAUGUUCAAUAAUAUUGCAAAAGACUGCAUUUUUCAAAAAGUGUAGCACACCUUUUCUUUUCUGCACAUCCCGACUUUACUCUGCAUUUGGUCCAAGACCAUUUGUUCGUCUCCCCCUAGUGGUCCGGGGGACUUCAGUUUUGUAACACAAGUUUGCAGUAUUUACGUUUGCACCAUUAUAGUUUCACAUAAACAGAAACAUUAUCGGUUUAGUGAUUAUAACGAAAACCUUUGGCGAUGGAGGCGGGACAAGAUGUUUGGUGUCUAUAUUUACGUCUUCAGACAUUUAUCUGCACUGCAUUUUCUACAAUUUACCCUGAGCUUUAAAGAAAUGGGAAUCUCACUCAAAUUUGGAGGAAGAGGUUAAUUACUUGAAGCGCUAAAAAGGAGAAUAAGUCACUACACUCCUUAUUCAUGCAGCUUUUUUAGCAAAUAUUUUCCCUUACAAUUUUAAAAGUCUUAGUGAUUUAAUAGCGAUUAAGUUAAAUGGCAGCAGACUCAUUUUGGAAUGACAUUUGAUACUGUUUUUAAAUUAUUAAUGGACUUAAACUGUACUGUUUGUACAUUUGUCUUUUAUAUCUGCAACUUGUAAAUAAGACUUCUUUUUUCCCACUUUGGUUAUUAAAAGAGAAGCUGUGUAGCUACGUUUGUUUUUAAGGCUGUUUAAUACAAUACGCUUCACGUUUGUCUAAUAAACUGUUCAAUAAAAUCCAA